CACAACACUAACACACACGAAACUACAACAGUCAAUCUACCAGUCUUUCAACCUUCCACUCUCCCCCUCUUUCACCUCCAUUUCUCCCCACUUCUCUCUUCCUCCAUUAAAAUCCAAAAACCCACCACGAAAUCACUUCUUUUACAAAAUACCCACUUUAAAAAACCCAUUUUUACAAAUACCCAUUUCGAAAAACCCGUUUUGGAGAAAACCCACUUCAGUAAAAUCAAUGAAUCGCCGGCAAAGAGAGUUUCCCGCGCGGGGGUACGAUCAUGCGCCGUCUUCACAACCACCACUUACAUCACAAUCAAAACCUUUCAACAUAAUUCCAAUCCAUGACCUCUUAGUAGAGCACCCAUCAAGAAGGUACCCAGAAAUCCGCGCCGCCACGUCAGCAUUACGCCAGGUGGAGGAUCUUCGUAAGCCGCCUUUUCAUACAUGGCACGACAACCUCGACCUUCUUGACUGGUUGGGUUUAUUCUUCGGUUUUCAAGAAGACAAUGUUCGUAACCAACGUGAACAUAUUGUACUUCAUUUGUCUAACUCACAGAUGCGGCUAAUUCCUCCUCCACAAAACGCCGGCGUUUUGGACUUUGAGCUUGUUCGAAAGUUUCGCAAGAAGCUGUUGAAGAAUUACACUUCUUGGUGUGGGUAUGUGGGUAAAAGUUCCCGGGUCAAAAUCCACCCGUUUAGGAAGAAUACGGAUGAGUUUCGGAGAGAACUGAUGUAUGUAUCUCUUUACUUGCUUAUUUGGGGUGAGGCUGCUAAUUUAAGGUUUAUGCCUGAAUGUCUAUGUUUUAUUUUUCAUAAUAUGGCUCAUGAACUUAAUUUAAUACUUGAUGAUCGGGUCGACCCGGAAACAGGUCGACCUUAUUUGCCUGUUUAUAGUGGUGCAAAUGCUUUUUUAGAUAAUGUUGUUAAGCCAAUUUAUGAUACUGUUAAAGAUGAGGUAGGGUUUAGUAAAGGGGGAAGUAAGCCACAUUCUGCUUGGCGAAAUUAUGAUGAUUUGAAUGAGUAUUUUUGGAGUAGGAGGUGUUUUAGGUCUUUGAAAUGGCCUUUGGAGUUGAGUAGUGGUUUUUUUGUGACGCCUGGUAAGGGAAGGAGGGUGGGGAAGACGGGGUUUGUCGAGCAACGGUCGUUUUGGAAUGUGUUUAGGAGUUUCGAUAGGGUUUGGAUUAUGUUGGUUUUGAUGCUGCAAGGGAUGAUUAUUAUUGGGUUGGAAGGGACGGAGUGGCCGUGGGAGGCGUUGGGGAGGAAGGAUGUUCAGGUGAAGUUGUUGACGGUUUUUAUUACAUGGUCGGGGCUUAGGUUGAUUCAAUCAAUACUUGAUGCGGGGACACAAUAUAGUUUGGUGACCCGUGAGACGUUGGUGCUUGGUGUGAGGAUGGUUUUGAAAACUUUGGUUGCUAUGGCGUGGAUUGUUGUGUUCUCGGUGUUUUAUGCUAGGAUUUGGAGUCAGAAGGAUAGGAAUCGUGGAAGGUGGUCGUAUCAGGGUGAUCAGAAGAUAUACAUGUUUCUUAAGGCAGUGUUUGUAUUUGUUAUUCCGGAGCUGUUGGCAUUGGUGCUUUUUGUACUUCCUUGGGUUCGGAACUUUUUAGAGAAAGUCAACUUCCGCUUGUUUUACUUAGUGACUUGGUGGUUUCAUAGGCGGACAUUUGUUGGCCGUGGUUUGAGGGAAGGGCUGAUCAACAACGUCAAGUAUACUUCAUUUUGGGUUCUGGUGUUGGUUUCAAAGUUUGCUUUUAGCUACUUUCUGCAGAUUAAGCCCCUGAUAGCCCCCACCAGAGCUCUUUUGAACUUGAGUAUAGACUAUAAAUGGCACGAGUUUUUCAGUAACACAAACAGAAUAGCGGUUGUUUUGCUUUGGCUUCCUGUUAUUGUUAUAUAUCUAGUGGACUUACAGAUAUGGUAUUCUGUUUACUCCUCGUUCGUUGGUGCCUAUGUUGGAUUGUUUUCACAUUUGGGUGAGAUACGGAAUGUUUGGCAGCUCAGGCUUAGGUUUCAGUUCUUUGCUAGUGCGAUGCAGUUUAAUCUCAUGCCGGAGGAGAAGCUGCCUACGGUUCCUGUGAUUGACAUUGUGCACAGGCUUAGGGAUGCUUUAAAAAGGCUGAAGCUGCGUUAUGGCCUCGGACAGCACAAGAAGAUAGAAUCGGACAAUGUUGAGGCUACCCGUUUUGCCUUGUUGUGGAACGAGAUUAUUAAAAAUAUGAGGGAAGAAGAUCUUCUUAGUGACCGAGAAGUGGAACUGUUGGAGCUCUCCCCCAAUUGUUGGGAAAUAAGGGUUAUUCGCUGGCCAUGUGCUCUGCUAUGCAAUGAGCUUCUUCUCUCCGUAAGCCAGGCAGUAGAGAUGGCAAAUGAUCGUGACAGGUGGAUUUGGUAUAAGAUGUGCAAGAGCGAAUAUAGGCGGUGUGCAAUCAUGGAGGUCUAUGACAGCGUCAAGCAUUUGCUGCUUCAUCAGGUAGUCAAAUAUGGUACCGAAGAGCACUUGAUCGUGACUAGAGCUUUCUUAGAGAUGGAACACAAUAUGGCGCAUGAGAAGUUUGCCACAUUUUAUAAGUUGACUUUGCUGCCCCAGAUCCACCGCAAAUUGGUAACUCUUGUAGAGCUUCUGCUAAAGUGUGAGAAGGACACAGAUGGGGUAAUUAAUGUCUUACAGGCUUUAUACGAGCUAUGUGUUCGUGAAUUCCCUAGAACUAAGAGGAAUUUGGUGGAGUUGAGGGACGAAGGUUUGGCACUUCAAAAUCCAAACACAGAUGCAGGAUUUCUUUUCGAGAAUGCUGUCGACGUUCCUGAUGAGGAGGAUGUGUUUUAUUACAGGCAGCUUCGUCGUCUGCAUACGCUAUUGAUGUCCAGGGAUUCUAUGCACAAUGUACCAACAAAUCCGGAGGCUCGGAGACGUAUUGCUUUUUUCAGCAACUCUGUUUUCAUGAACAUGCCUCAUGCUCCUCAGGUUGAAAAGAUGAUGGCUUUCAGUGUACUGACUCCUUACUACGACGAAGAUGUAAUUUAUGGGACUAGCAAAGUCCAAAGUCCAAAUGAGGAUGGCAUCUCCAUCUUGUUCUAUCUACAGAAGAUUUAUGAGGAUGAAUGGAAUAACUUCAUGGAGAGAAUGAAGAGGGAAGGCUUGGAUGAUGAGAGAGAAAUUUGGACGACAAAGGUCAAGGAACUUCGACUUUGGGCAUCAUAUCGGGGCCAGACUCUCUCGCGCACUGUGAGAGGAAUGAUGUAUUAUUAUCACGCCCUUAAGAUGCUUGCCUAUCUGGAUUCUGCAUCUGAAGUGGACAUUCGGACCGGUAGUCAGCAAAUAUUCUCGCAUGGUUCAAUGACUUUGAGUAACAAUUGGGAUGGCUUAGGGCCUACCCGAGUUCCAUCCUCACGCAAUUUGGGAAGAGCACCGAGUGGUGUGAGUAUUUUAUACAAAGGCCACGAGUUUGGGACUGCUAUGAUGAAGUUCACUUACGUGGUGACCUGUCAGGUUUACGGAAUCCACAAGAUGGCGGGGGACUCACGAGCAGAGGAGAUUUUGUUUUUGAUGAAAAAUAACGAAGCUCUUCGAGUUGCUUAUGUUGAUGAGGUGCACCGUGGGAGGGAUGAGGUGGAGUACUAUUCAGUUCUUGUCAAGUAUGAUCAACAGCAGCAGAGAGAAGUAGAGAUAUACAGAAUCAAGCUGCCUGGUCCGUUAAAGCUGGGAGAAGGAAAACCUGAGAAUCAGAAUCAUGCCAUUAUCUUUACUCGAGGUGAUGCUCUUCAGACGAUUGACAUGAAUCAAGACAAUUACUUUGAAGAAGCUCUCAAAAUACGGAACCUUUUGGAGGAAUUUAACAAAAAUUAUGGGCUCAGAAGGCCAACCAUUUUGGGAGUUCGAGAAAACAUCUUCACUGGCUCUGUCUCCUCCCUUGCUUGGUUCAUGUCUGCCCAGGAGAUGAGUUUUGUCACUCUUGGUCAACGUGUUCUGGCAAAUCCUCUCAAAGUGCGAAUGCACUAUGGCCACCCAGAUGUAUUCGAUAGGUUUUGGUUUCUUACUCGUGGUGGAAUAAGCAAGGCUUCUAGAUUGAUCAACUUGAGUGAGGAUAUCUUUGCUGGUUUCAACUGCACGCUCCGACAGGGCAAUGUAACACAUCAUGAAUACAUUGAAGUUGGUAAAGGAAGGGAUGUAGGGUUGAAUCAGAUUGCUAUGUUUGAAGCAAAAGUUGCUAGUGGGAAUGGUGAACAACUUCUUAGCAGAGAUGUAUAUCGGUUGGGCCAUCGGCUAGACUUCUUUCGGAUGCUAUCAGUCUUCUAUACCACUGUGGGUUUCUAUUUCAAUACGAUGAUGGUGGUGCUGUCUAUCUAUACUUUUUUGUGGGGCCGCCUGUAUCUUGCACUUAGUGGUGUCGAAGAGCAUGCAAUAAAAAGUAGCAGCAGUAAUGCAGCCUUAGGUGCUAUUGUGAACCAGCAGUUCAUCGUCCAAAUCGGCAUCUUCACUGCUCUCCCGAUGAUUGUGGAGAACACUCUGGAGCAUGGUUUUCUUCCGGCAGUCUGGGACUUCUUAAAAAUGCAGCUGCAGUUAGCGUCAUUGUUUUACACCUUCUCAAUGGGAACUAAAUGCCACUAUUUUGGUCGAACAAUUCUUCAUGGAGGUGCUAAAUAUCGAGCUACUGGACGUGGGUUUGUUGUCGAGCAUAAGAAAUUUGCGGAGAACUACAGGCUUUUUUCUCGUAGCCAUUUUGUAAAGGCAAUUGAACUCGGGGUGAUCUUGAUUAUUUAUGCUUCUCACAGCCCUCUGGCAAAAAAUACAUUUGUAUACAUAGCCAUGUUGAUCGUUAGCUGGUUCCUUGUAGUUUCAUGGAUUAUGGUUCCAUUUGUUUUCAACCCAUCUGGCUUCGACUGGUUGAAGACUGUUUAUGACUUUGAGGAUUUUAUAACCUGGAUAUGGUAUGGUAGUGGAGUGUCCACUAAGGCAGAGCGGAGCUGGGAAACCUGGUGGUAUGAAGAGCAUGAUCAUCUCCAAAACACCGGCUUGUGGGGAAAGUUAUUGGAGAUCAUAUUAGAUCUACGCUUCUUCUUUUUCCAGUAUGGUAUUGUGUAUCAACUGAACAUUUCAGCUAACAAGACCAGUAUUGGUGUGUAUCUGAUCUCUUGGGUCUUUUUCUUUGCACUUGUUGGGAUAUGUGUAAUCAUAGCAUAUGCGAGGGACAAGUACGGUGCUAAAAAUCACAUCUACUUCAGGAUGAUUCAGUUUUCUGUCAUAUCUACUGUGCUGGUGAUUAUCAUUUUAUUGAAAUUCACCCGGUUUGAAUUUCUCGAUCUCCUUACUAGUGGAUUGGCAUUCAUCCCUACUGGUUGGGGAAUCAUUUCGAUAGCCCAGGUGCUCCGUCCCUUUUUGCAAACAUCAAUCGCAUGGGACACUGUGGUUGCCAUGGCUCGACUCUAUGAUUUGAUGUUUGGCAUGAUAGUUAUGGCCCCAGUUGCUUUCUUGUCAUGGAUGCCUGGAUUCCAAUCAAUGCAAACCAGGAUCCUUUUCAAUGAAGGUUUCAGCAGGGGUCUCCAAAUUUCUCAACUUCUUACUGCCAAAUGAUGAAUAAUACUUUGCAUGUGAGUUGAGUUGGCUAAAUCAAGGCGCUAGAAGAGAGGCUCCGAAGGAUUUCAACACUCUUGCUUUCAUACCAAUGAUCACCGUAACGCACGAGAAAUCUCGUAGCUUUAAGGAUUUAUCCUUGGAAGUUGGAACGUUAGCAAAAGUCACUUGAGGUUGUUGAUUAUGAAAUGGAAUGAUGCCAUGAGAGUUCAGAAUUGCAUUAGGAAUUUUCUCACCCGGCUUCGUGACAGCAGGCUUGUUUGUAUGUGAAGAGUGACAGCAAUUUUGCCGCAGGAAGGCAAGCUUCGAUAUCAGUUGGCCUUCUAAUAGCCUUCACUUGAAACAAGUUUCCAGAGCUUGCUUGAAGGAAUGGUUCGAGUGUCUGCCUCUAGCUUUGAGCGUUGACUGUUUUUGGAGGUUGCUUGAUGCUUGUAUAGACGACUUUCGCCCUGAUAGUAGCCGUGGAGGUGCUUUAUGUUUGAAACAAACACUCUUACUUGAUCAAGCUGUUUGCUUCAAGGAAUUGUUAGACUUGUCUAAAAAAAAAAAAUUUGCAACCAUAUUUUGUAGUAAAUUCUCUUUGACUUGUUUAUAUUUCUAAUGUCUUCUAUUUUUGUACAAUCCAAUUUUUGAGAUCGACGACAUGUUCUCUUCGUCUGAUCUGAUUGGAUCUGAUCUGAAUUUACUAAGGUCUGAUCGGAUCUGGUCGGAUCUGGUCUGAUUCAUUAUGAUCUGAUCUGAUCUGGUCUGGUCUGAUCUGGUCUGAUCUGGUAUGGUCUGAUCUGAAACUUUCUGAUCUGAUCUGAAUAGUUAUAAUGA